AUGUUUCCUAAACUUUUUAUAAUAUUUACCUUUUUCCUCUUUCUUUAUGGAGUUCCGACAAAUGGGCAAAAGAAGAAAGAGACUCUGCUCUCUGAAAAAGUUGGACAGAUGAUGGACUGGGCCGGAAAGAGAGCCGUCAUCAGGCUGAACGGAGACAAGUUUAGGCGGUUUGUGCGGGCUCCUCCACGCAAUUACUCGGUCAUCAUCAUGUUCACGGCUCUGCAGCCUCAGAGGCAGUGUGCAGUGUGCAAGCAAGCGGAUGAGGAAUACCAAAUCCUUGCAAAUUCUUGGCGGUACUCUAACGCGUUUACCAACAGGGUUUUCUUCGCCACGGUGGAUUUUGAUGAGGGAUCCGAUGUUUUUCAAAUGCUCAACAUGAACUCAGCGCCCACCUUCAUCAACUUCCCAUCCAAAGGGAAGCCCAAGCGUGCCGACACGUACGAGCUUCAGGUUCGGGGGUUCGGCGCUGAGCAGCUCGCCCGAUGGGUGGCAGACAGAACCGACGUUCACAUCCGGGUGAUCAGGCCUCCGAACUACGCCGGGCCUCUGAUGCUGGGCUUACUCCUGGCCCUCCUUGGGAGUUUGGCCUACCUGCGGCGCAACAACCUCGAGUUCCUGUACAACAAAAACGUCUGGGCUUUCUCUGCACUGUGCUUUGUGCUGAUCAUGACAUCGGGCCAGAUGUGGAACCACAUCCGAGGGCCUCCGUACGCCCACAAGAAUCCCAGCACUGGCCAAGUGAGCUACAUCCACGGCAGCAGCCAGGCUCAGUUUGUGGCGGAGACUCACAUUGUCCUUCUUUUCAAUGCGGCAGUAACUUUAGGAAUGGUGCUUCUUCAUGAGGCAGCCACCUCUAACAUGGACAUCGGGAAGAGGAAAAUCAUGUGUGUUGCUGGAAUUGGACUUGUGAUGCUGUUCUUCAGCUGGCUGUUGUCCAUCUUUAAGGCCAAAUAUCAUGGAUAUCCUUACAGUUUCCUGCUGAGUUAAUCACUGAAGAUGGACUCAGUCUGAAGUAAAACCUUCUCCAGUUCAACGUGCCUUACUGGUUCACAGUAAUGAGUGAUUUCGGAACCUUUUCAUGUCCUGUAUAUUUUUCCUUUUGCUUUUUUUUUUCUGAAUUGAAAUAUAUAUGGAGAAUAAUUUCCAAGCGAGAUUAAUUUACAAUUUACAUUUUUUUAAUGAAAGUAAGAACUUGCCGUGUGUUGUCGGUCGAUCAUAAGCGACAGUGUGUGUAUUGCGUUGCUUGCUGGUGAAUGUACGAUUUGUGUGUGAAGGAUCUGCAGGCUGAUAUUUAUCUGUUCUAACGUUAAAGGAAAGAACAUGCGUGAGGGCGAGCACAACGUUUCCAUUCUACCUCCGGAUCGGUGUACGUACUGAGUGUUCCAAAGUCAAAGCAGUCGACCUGAAUGUGAGACGGGGUGUAUAAAAGCACUGGGUUUCCCAAAAGCACUCUGGUGGGUUACCCUGCAUUCGCACUGGCAGCAAGUGCAGCGAUCUAGUCGUAUCCAGUUACCUGAUUCCAUUACGCUUCCUCUAUACUGACGUUGACCUCUACACCUGACUGAGGAGAGCCGUGACUGACACACGCCCCCUCCGACACGUGUGCAGUAGCCACCUGCAUGAAGUGGGUUCGUAUGGGGCUCUGUCUGGCGUGCACGCGCCAUCGGUCAGCCAGCAGAGGUCGUAGUCGUAAUUGCAUCAGUUCUGAGGACUCCCCUCCGGCACCCAACCCAAUCAUUAUCCGUGUAGGCGCCCAGCCUGCCUGUAGCAGAGCUGAGAUUCGAACUGGCAAGUCCGAGAUGUCAGCUCUGGUGUGCUAGUGUGUUUUACCGCUGUGCCACCUGAGUUCUGACAUAAGUUUGCUUGCAUGCUUUCCUGUUUGUGGUCUUUAUUUCUGAUCAGUAUGUCCCCGGUCGGGCGGCACGGUGGCUCAGUGGGUAGCACUGUCGCCUCACAGCGAGGAGGUCCUGGGUUCCAUUCCCAGGUGGAUCGGCCCGGGUCCUUUCUGUGCGGAGUUUGCAUGUUCUCCCCGUGUCCGCGUGGGUUUCCUCCGGGUGCUCCGGUUUCCUCCCACAGUCCAAAAACCGACCCCGCAACCGAACGGGACAAAAGAAGUAUGUCCCCGGUCGCUGUAUCAUCAAAAUAAUUAAUAUAUGAGGCAGAUUCUAGCAUUUUAUAACUAAAAAGUCAAUUAGCACAAUAUUAUUUACUGUAAUUAUUCAGGUGAUUACUGUAAUUUAGAUGUAUAAUCUGCUACAGGUGGCUACUGCACCUCAAAAAAAUCAACUCAAACUCAGGAUUCCAAUCAUUACUGAAAUAUUACAAUAAGCACAAUGCUUAGUUUAAAUCUGAUAUAUUUGAAUUUUGUGGGCUUCCCUGUCCAGAGUAUUCCUGCCCUGUGACCCAUGUUUCUCAGUAGAACUGGAUCUGCUGUGACCCUGACCGGCAUAAAGCGAUUGAUUCAAAUAAAAUAAAAAGAGAGAGAGAGAACAUGAAUAAUUGAAGAUACGUUGAUGCACUGCGUUGCUGCUACUGUGAACAGGGUUUAAAUGAGCUUUUAGUGGCUGAUGCUUUUGGUAAACUCACUCCGGCUCUGUGUUCCAUUACUGUUAUUGAUAUGCCUUCGUUUACUUUUCCUAGUAUGAUGGAAGUUUGUACGGGCUACAGCUUACUUUAUUUGCCAAGUGUACACACUUCAACAAAAGACAAACCUGUAUUAAAGUUAGUUGUGAUACUAAAUGAAUAAAGACAUCAAGGAAGGACCAGUCACAGUUUCAAUUAAACAUAAUUCAAUUAAAAAAGUCACAGUUAACGUUUAUUAAAGUGUGUAUACAGUUUUGCCCCCCUCUGUGUGUAUUCGGUAGCUACACAAUGUAAUUUCAUACUCCAGCCACCACAUAGCUUGAAUUCUAUACAAUAUUUGAUUUAUUUUUCAUAUAAUAGCUUUUCCUGUUUUGAAAUGCAAACCAUCAACUGGGUAAUUUUACUCCCUCGUAUCCAAAAAAAAAAGAAACAGUUAUUAUUGCUAUUUAUUAAGGAAAGGUGGAUACGGGUGUAUGAAGAACCGUACUGGAACUCGGUCUUGGUCGGUGUGAUGUGUGAGGACGUGUUGACUGUGCUGAAACUCUAGGUGCUGCUCUGUGUUCUGCCUCAGGUGAUGCGUUUUGUCAUUAAAAGUGCCUUAAUUUCC